AUGUCGACCCGGACGCGCCCCGGCCGCUCCGCACCGCGCGGAGCCCCCCGCACUCGCACUCGCCGAUCGCGGCGAACCGAAGACGACGAGAUACCACAAGUUUACCGAGAGAUGCUAGCUGAGGCGGAAGCACGGGAAACAAGCGAGUCAGGAAAUGAUAGACCGGCGAAGCGGUUCAAGCCGGCAGGAUACAGAGCGACACCUGCGCAGGCGCAAGUUGCGGAGCCUGCGGAACGAGAAACGCAAGCCAGGAACGCCGAGGAGAAUGCGGCUAAGCAAACGCAAACUGUAUAUAAUUCGCCGUCGGAGUCAGAAGAAUCGGAUUUGGAAUGGGAGGAAGUCGAUAUUCAGCACCCUGCGAAUACUGGGCCGACUUCGUCUGUGACGGAUGAUGCGCCGUUGCAGAUUACACUUGGACAGCAGGAUGACCGGAAGCGAAGGGCUGUCCGGCGUAAGCCUGUAACUGCGGCGGAGAGGAAGGUUCGACUUGAUGUUCAUAAAGCGCAUCUACUUUGCCUGUUGUGCCACGUCCAGCGGCGUAAUUUGUGGUGCAACGAUGAGGAAGUACAGGAAUCUCUUAAGAAAAUAUUAUCGAAGCACAUUAGAUCGCAGCUCAAUCCACCGGAGGAGAAACCGCAGCACACUAGAUCAGCAAUGUUUUUGGACGGCCUCAACCAGGCUGGGGAUGUUUUCUUCAGGCGAUUCAAAAUCACAAAACCUGGCUUACGGCGCCCACACUGGUCGGGCGAUGUUGAUGCUCUGAAACGACGAACGGAGGCUAUCAUCUCCGACGCUGAAGUGUUCCUUUCCAGAGACGACUUUCGCAAGCAGGCCAACUCAAUGCAAGGUUCUCGAGAUUUCGGCGCUCAGCUGUUCUGUGCACUGUUACGAUCUGUUGCCGUGGAGGCUAGGCUGGUCUGCUCGUUGCAGCCACUGUCAUUUUCAGGAGCGCAACUUCCGCCGAAGCCAGAGCCACAACCUAUCGUCAUAUCUUCCGACGAUCCAGAUACACUGACAGACGGUCAGUCAAAAUCCGAUUCAAGGCCCACGCCCAUUCGAAGGAUCGGUCGACCGGGUUUCAAACCAACGCGAGCGCCGACUACCACUACUCUUCCUUCAAGACCAGUACCAACCGAAUCAUCGUAUCCGGUGUUCUGGGUAGAGGCGUUCAAUGAAGCCUUCCAGAAAUGGGUCGUGAUUGAUCCCAUGGUCACCAAGACACUUGCAAAACCACACAAACUCGAACCUCCCUCUACCGAUCCUUUCAACCUCCUGAGCUAUGUCGUCGCAUUUGAAGAAGACGCAUCAGCGCGCGACGUCACCCGCCGCUAUACCAAAGUGUUCAACGCGAAAACCCGCAAACUCCGCGUCGAGUCGACCAAGAACGGUGAAGGCUGGUGGAAACGAGUCAUGGCACAUUUCGAGAAGCCAUUCUUAGAAGACCGUGAUGAGCUGGAGGUUGGCGAGCUCACCGCAAAGACGGCUUCCGAGCCCAUGCCGCGGAAUGUGCAGGAUUUCAAAGACCACCCGAUCUAUGCGUUGGAACGACAUCUCCGCCGUAAUGAGGUUAUAUUUCCAAAGCGGGUUACAGGGCAUGUUAGCCUUGGGAAGCCGGGUGGCAAGGGUCAGACUGAACCCAUCUAUCGACGCUCGGACGUUCAUACCCUGCGCAGUGCAAAUAAGUGGUACCGGCUUGGGCGGGAUAUCAAAGUGGGCGAGCAAGCUUUGAAACGGAUACCAGCACGAAACAAGGGAAUGACAUUGGACGAUGACGACGAACCUGAAGAAACCACGUUGUACGCCUUUUUCCAAACAGAACUUUACAAGCCGCCACCGGUCGUUCAAGGGCGAAUACCCAAGAAUGCAUUCGGGAAUUUGGAUGUCUAUGUGCCAAGUAUGGUUCCUCCCGGUGGAGUUCACAUCAGGCACUUGGAAGCUGCUCGUGCCGCACGUAUCCUGGGAAUUGACUACGCGGACGCCGUUACGGGGUUCAGCUUCAAAGGACGCCAUGGGACAGCCAUCGUUCAAGGGGUAGUUGUUGCCGAUGAGUACAGGGAAGCAGUGGUGGAAGUAUUGAGGGCCAUUGAGGAAGAGAAACUGCGCAACGAGCAGGAGGAACGAACUCUCGAAGUCCUGCGCACAUGGAAGAAUCUCCUGCUGAAGCUUCGCAUCGCCGAGCGAGUCAAAGGAUAUGCUAUUGAAGGCGAAGCAGACGAUGAGGCGAGUGCUCUGGAUCAGGCUGGGCCAGAAGAAGAGGGCGGUGGGUUCCUACCCGAAUCUGAUGCUGAAAUGGCGGACCCUCAGCCUGUUGCUGCACGAUCUCAUGAGUACGCUGGCGAGGACGAGGAGAUGGGUGGUGGGUUUCUACCAGAAUCUGAUGGCGAUGAACCCUCGCCUGUAUACCAAGAAGACAAACCCAAACCUGGUGACGACGACCAACGAAGCGAACCUGCACCUCCCGGCGAGCACAAUCAAGGUGGUGGCUUCAUGACUGUGGAUGAAGUUCCCAAGCCAGCUAUUCCUGAACCCCGCCGCACCAACAGACGAGUACGUACACACUAUGAUCUUGUCGUCGUGCCAAAUGGAACAGACAUACACCCUGAUGAACGACGCCCUCUCUUUUCCGAAUCUCGGACUAUCAAUCAAGCCCUUCAGACACCCAUCACAAGAGCAUUGGGAGACACCAUCGACGAGCCCAUUACUGUAGCAUCAUCAGUUAAUGACUCUGCGUCCGCCAGUGUCGAGAUUCUCUCCCGCGCGCCAUCCCAGGUCCAAUCUCGCGCUCCGUCUGUUGAAGUCGCGUCCGGGCCUGCGUCUCAGCAUUCUGAGCAUGAGGAUGAAGAGCGCGAGGGAUCUCUUCUGUCGGAGGACCCGGAGGAUGAAGAUGCGGUUCCUGAGUGGCUUAUGUCUGAUUGA